UAGUUUCAUCUUAUCUGGAAUUUGGAGCUCACCCUCCCCUUUCUUUCUUCCCUUUUCUCGAGGAGUACCUCGAGAUCUAAUCUGAUCUCAUGGCAGUAGGUGCGAGCGACCAAAGCCAGCUCCGAUCCCUCGAAUCCCCGCUGGGAUCGAUCAUCGCCUUCUGAAUCCGGGGCUUCCGGUCGGGAUUUCUUCCCCGGAUUCGAAGAUUUCGAGCUCGGGAGCCUCAUAUCGGUGUCGCCGGACGAUUUCUAGGGUUUGCAGAGGGUGCUUUCAGUUCCCUCGUUUUCUUGGUCGAGAUCUUGGGUUUCUUGAGUCAUCAUGGUCACUCGGCUUGGAGUUACCGCCAUCGCUGGAUUCUAGGGUUUCUUGCGUUGAUCCUGGUUUCACAGUCGCAGUUCUUGGGGUUUCUGUCGAAAAUCUUGUUUAAAAAGGUAAAAGUUGUUUCUUUUCUCCUUUCUGAUCUCGCCACCAUUAUCAAGAUCUUGCUGCUUAUUUAUACUCUCCUUGAAUAGAACAGUUGGCUACGCUUCAUUCCAUAUCGAUCUCCCUUCACAAUCCGACUCCACGUUUCCUGUCUUUUUUAACUUCUCCUUUCCUUAAGUUUUUCUCCAUAUCUGAAUGUAAGAGCCUUGUUGUGGCGGGCAUUGGUUUUUGUAUGAUCUCCUCUUACCUAAGAUCUGCCUGGAGCGGAAUCUAGGGCUUAAGCUUGGUGCUUGCGAUUUUGUAGAUCAAAAUUUGACCCUAUGAACUUGAUCUGAGUGUUCCCCCAAUCUUACCACCAUGUGGAAGCAAUUCCUCAGUAAAUUACCCCGGAAGUCGUCGAAAUUGGAUUCUGUUUCGGAUUCCACACACAACCACCCAGGCAGCAAUGCUUCCUCUUCUGGCAACUCAAUCCAGCGGGCAAACAGUGGUAAUGCCGGGCCAGGCCGAUCAACCACUGUUAAGAGGAUGUCUUCUGCUGUCUUCCCAUCCAGCGUAGUCGCCGGGAUUGAACCUCUCCUGUCAUUCAAAGAUAUCUCAAACACCGAAAAGCAGAACCUUUUCAUCAGUAAGCUGAAUCUCUGUUCUGUUGUCUUUGAUUUUUCUGAUCCAAACAAGAACUCCGCUGAGAAAGACAUGAAGCGGCAGGCCCUAUUAGAUCUUAUUGAUUUUGUCAAUUCUGGCACCUCUCGGUUCACUGAGCCGAUGAUCUCCGCCAGUUGUAAGAUGGUCGCCAUUAAUUUAUUUAGGGGGUUUCCUCCAAAUUACCGAUCCAAUUCUUCUGGUGGUGGGGAGACUGAAGAAGAGGAGCCAAUGUUCGACCCUGCUUGGUCCCAUCUGCAACUUGUGUAUGAAUUGCUUCUAAAAUUCAUUUCAUCCUCCUCCCUUGAUGCAAAGAUGGGGAAAAAGUUCAUAGAUCAUUCAUUUAUCUUGAGAUUGCUUGAGCUCUUUGAUUCAGAGGAUCCAAGAGAAAGGGAUUGCUUGAAAACAAUCUUGCAUAGGAUUUAUGGCAAAUUCAUGGUUCAUCGUCCUUUCAUCCGCAAGGCAGUAAGCAAUAUAUUCUAUAGGUUUGUGUUUGAGACGGACCGGCAUAAUGGGAUUGCCGAGUUGCUGGAGGUUUUUGGUAGUGUGAUUAGUGGAUUUGCGUUGCCUCUUAAGGAGGAGCACAAACUUUUUCUCUGGAGGGCUCUUAUUCCUUUGCACAAACCAAAAUCGGUAGGUGUUUAUCUUCAACAGUUGACAUACUGUGUGACACAGUUCUUAGAGAAAGAGCCAAAGUUGGCAAGUUCAGUGAUAAGGGGGUUGUUGAAGUAUUGGCCUGUGACGAAUAGUCAGAAAGAGGUAAUGUUUUUGAGCGAGUUGGAAGAGGUCCUGGAAGCAACUAAUGUGGUGGAAUUCCAAAAAUGUAUGGUCCCCUUAUUCCGGAGGAUUGGCUACUGUGUUAACAGUUCACACUUCCAGGUUGCUGAACGAGCUCUAUUCUUGUGGAACAACGACCAUGUGAUAAGUCUGGUGGCACAAAACCGGCAGGAUAUCAUGCCCCUUAUCGUGCCAGCUUUAGAGAAGAACAGCCAGAAUCACUGGAAUCAGGCAGUCCUGAAUCUAACAAUGAAUGUUAGGAAGAUGCUCUCUGAGAUGGAUGAGGAGCUAUUUCUGGCUUGCCAAAGAAAGUUUGAGGAGGAGGAAGAGAAACGAGUGGCAGUGGAGGAGAAAAGAAAGAUGACCUGGGAACGUCUGGAGACUGCUGCCUCCUUUCAGCCAGUGACUGGAAAUACAGCCGUCCUGGUGAGAUCUGUUAUGGCCCCAGCAAUUGCUGCCUCCCUUGCGUAGUUGUGGCUUGGGCAAGGAGAGAUUAGGGUGGUCUAAAAUACAUUCAAAAUUCUCAGAGUAAGUUUUCCUAAUAUUUUCUUCUGUAUUAUGGUGUUUUGUUGUAACUAUGUGGGAAUCUUUUGCUGCUCUGGAAGCAAGGCAUGUUGUAAUAGUGUUGGCACUUAGUAUCUCUAUUGAAGCAUGUUUCAUCAAGAGCAUGGUGCCAAAUGCCCCCAAUUCUCAGCUUGAUGAGUUCUUUGAUCACUGAUUCCGAGGCCGGCUCAAUUCAUGCAGGUGCCUCUCUAUAAUGGAAUGCCAUAGGGAGAGAGAAAGAGUUGUAGUUUUUGGGUCCGGUUCAUUUUUGAUUAAGGUUGGUCUUGUGCUUUUACCAGGCACGAUUUGAUGGUUCCAUUUCUUAUUUUGUUAAUGUGACUUGUAUUCCUGUCAUUUUUUUACAUUGUUACUUUUAAAAUUGA